UGCAAUAGAUGGAACCCGCGAUUGCAUCGACUGUCAACGGUGGAGAGACAUGCGCCAUGGAGACGCUGGACAUUCUGAAAGGUUUUGGAGAUGGCAGCAAGGAAGGGAAUUCGGCUGGAGGCAACACCGCAGACUGUGCAGAGGUGCUUGCGACAAUAUGUGCACACACUGCAGAGAUGAUGGGUGAUGGUGAUGAAACAGAGAAUGAUGCAGGAGGGAGCACUUGUGAGACGGAAAAGGUUGGGGAAGAGAGAGAGGAGGAAGGUCUGGAAAGCAGGAAAUCUCUGACAGGGUGUAUUGUGAAAGAUGAAAAUGUGGUGAAGAUAUCAGCAAGAGAAGAGUACCCAUAUGACAUCAAUUGGGUGUCGGGUCGUGUUCAACCGGGUAUUGUUGGAGGAGCACCCUGCUUUGCGUUCAAAGCCGAAGGGACAUGGGGUUCAUUUCCUGCCCCCAAAAUGAAUACAUGGCGAAACGUGACUCUGUUAAUCGUGUUUGACAGAGUAUUAAGGUUGAACGAUGGGGUAACACCACAAGUGAAAGGGCGAUAUGCAUUGGACAUGUGGCAUGUUCUGGAGGCGCAGGGCGAGUUCAGGCUGAACGAUUUUUUGUACGAUAGUUUUUAUUGCGGACAGGCAUGGGUGAUUGGCGGGAACAACGCAACAGGGAGUACGGUGUGCCACAAGAGCGAUGCGAGGAGGGAUCCUAGGUGGGGUUGGGUGCCAUGUGUGAUCCCGAUUCCAUGUGGCUGUGUGAGGAUGAUGAUGCGUGAUGCCAUGGGAAAUGUCUGGGCCACGCAUUAUGUGAAUGACAACUUCUCAUUCAGGCACCUCGACAGGGAGGUCUCAGAAGACGAGAAAAAGGCAAUGGCAUGUCCUACGCAUACUGCUGCCUGCUUUUUCCUGCCACUUCGGAACACUGUGGAGUUGGAGGUGGUUGAAGGGAAAGUGUUCAUUGGUGAGGAUGACAGCACAUACACGCAUGCAAGAGGGCAGGAAACCACGCAUGAUGGACUAUGCUCGCAGAUAUGGGACCAUGUCACAAUGAGGAGUGACGUUCUGUCUGCCAUGGACAUUGGGGCCCAUGUCAUCCCUGAAGGACAGUUGCAGCAGCAUAUGGCCCCUGAAAAGUAUGGCUAUCGUGUGAAUUGGGUCCCAGGAUGUUUGCAUCCUGCAGUGGUUGAUGGCAAGGUGACGAUGACAGCAAGACUGCAAUCAGGGCAUUGGCUCCCAUUGGGAUGGAUGCAUGCAGGUAUUGUGGAGCAUUGGCAGUUCCUCGUAGUUCUGGCACGUGUCUCAAUUUUCAAUGUGAAUGUAAAGGACCACGUGCUGGUGGUUGAACACGCAAAGCGCUGCUGGGAGAAGAUAAGGGAGGAGGAGCGUCAGAUGGUGUGCGCGAAUUAUGACUCGAUGGCUGACCAGGGGAUGUGGUCCAUGGUUGAGGAGAGUUGCACGGGCCAAGAGCACUGCGACAGUCGGAACAUAUACAUGACUCAAAUUCGCCGCAGGCAUAGUUGCACGACCGUUCUUGGUUGGGUCCCGGUCGUACGUCCCAUGACAUAUGAGCAUGGUGGAGACGUCACCAUGAGAUUCAGAGACCCGAUUGGUUCAGUGCAGCCAGGCAAGAGGAGAGAGAAGCACUCAGAAAUUUCUCGUUUGUCUGCUGAGGUGGAGGGCCCAUGUGGUCCUGGUCGCGUCGGGGGGUGCUCUGCAGCACAGGGUGACAUGGCCGGCCCGAGCGAUGUCGCGAUGUCGCAGAGCCCGGGGAAGAUGAAGAAGUGCACGUCGGGACUGCCACGUGGGCAGACGCCCGCAGGCAGAAAGAAGGUGAACCCCAAGGCGGUGCCAGCGACCGGAGACACGGCAGGUGCACGAACUCAGGUCCCCAGACGUCGUCGACGCUCCGGGAUGGCAACUUUGUCGGAAAUCAGAAAGUUGCAACGAUCCACCGACCUUUGCUUGGCUUUCAGGCCGUUCUUGCGGCUCGUGCGCGAGGUUGUGGAGAAGGACAUUGCUUCGGAUAUGGGCAGAGAAGAGGAUGAAAUACAAACUGUACGCAUCAUGUCGAUGUCAGUAGCACAGGUGGAGGCUGCUCUUGCAGACGUAAUGAAGUAUGCAACAGUGAGCGUCCACUACAACGGUGACAGCGAGUUGUCUUUGCUUCAGGACAGGGUGCCGAGGUACUUCAUAGUCCUUGUGGAUAUGAGAUCCACGAUCAUGGCAAACGGCGAGGGUUGUGUCAUAGCACGAACACUCUUGCAACGCUUCAGAGAGUCACCACAUGUACGUGUGGACAACGAUGUGGAAGACAGUGCAUACAGUCUAAAAGGAGUGGUCCAGUGGAUGUGCAGCGAAGGGAUGUGCGAAGAAGGAGACGUGGACAUGACAAUGCAACAGAAAGGGGGGACAUAUAGACCUGCGAAUUUCAAGAAGUUGCUGGCCACUGUGGCACGGAAUGGGGGAAUGCUGGUUGAUGGGUCGAAGGACGAGUUGAAGAGUGGUGCUGCCGAAAUCUUGGUGUUGUCCAGAAUAAAGGAUAUUACACAAACACCGCCAGAAGACUUUCAAGAUGUUCCUGACAUUGUUGCAGAUGGUGUGAAAUAUAUUCUGCUGGAUCAACUUGUGGACUUCAUGAAAAAGAGUGUUGACGACAGGAACGUCAUCCAUGAGGCAUUGCACGAAGUCACAGAGUUUGCACUGCAGGGUCAAGAUCUGAUAGAAUUUGUGCCAGCAAGAACAGAAGACAACAUCAUAUCUGGCAGACCGUUGUGGGGGGGGUUAUUAUCAGCUGCUUUGGAGCGGCUCGGUCUUGCAAGUUGUGAUGUUCAGAGACAAAGAGAAAAAGAAGAAGGGUGGAAGGUGAUUGUCAGGGAAAUAAAUUUAGCAAUCAUUCCAGACAACGGACAGACAUCAGCAGCACAAGAAUCAAUAACCAGUAUGGCAGCCGAUGUGUUUCCCAUGCAGACAAUAACGAGAGAGAAGCUAGUGUGUUCCGAUAUCUUCAAUGAUUUCACAAUGAAAAAAGAACAGUGUGAUCGUGGAUUUGAACAGGCCGAUUUGCCAAGUUGUUGUGCAGAGUACACAGACAGUGUAGAAAAAGAAGAUGAAGAAGAGGAUGAGGGGACAUCAUCUUCUGACGUGGAAGUGAGCGGCAACGAUGUCAGCAGCGACGAGGAAGACGAGGAACAUGAUGUAUACUAUGAUUUGAAGGGGGCGGGUGGACAAGUGACAAAAGGGUGGGCACAUGCAAUUCUGAGGUUGUCUGCGAAGGAGGCAUCUCAUGACGGAAUAAUGAUACCGACAACGAGAUUUGGGGACAUAACUGUCCACCCUUUCCUCCUCAACUAUAUCCACGACUACCCAGAACGAUGUGCGAUUGCAACUGUGAAGUUUGGUGUAUGUCCGACAUGCACCGUGUCCAAAAACGAUUUUGAUUUCAUAGCCGAUUUCACAAACUGCAGGAGAUUACAGACGCUGGAAACACACCUCACAGCAGAUGUGUUCACCACCGACGACAUCGACGUUCAUCGUGUAGCGGAAGCACGAAUGUCAGAGUUGAACAUGCAUAGGCAUGUUCAACAGAACGGCCUUUGGGGGUUCUACAGGGGCCCCAAUGGUGACGAUCCUCAACUAGACUACCACCUGGCAUUGCAACCAAACCUCACUCACGGCAGCCAUGUCUACGAACCUCCUAUCGCCAUCGUUGUUGACUCCUUGAAAGGGAAGAAGCGAGAGGAAUUGAAGAUCUUGCGAACAUUUCUGUGGCACGAGUACCUCUACAAGGCAUCCAACUCGGGGGUGUUGACACCGAAAAAGGUUUAAACGUCAUAGGUGACAUGUAGAGAUCUACCAGGAAGUAAAUUUUUGCAUGCAGA